AUGCCGAGCAAAGAGAAGCUGGCGAAGAAGGAGAAGUACUUCAACAAAUUGAUCGACUUGUGCGUGAACAGUCCCAAUGCUCUUCUGGUGGGCGUCGACCAUGUUGCCUCGAAGCAGAUGCAAGACAUUCGCAUCGAGCUGCGAGGCAAGGCCGUGGUCCUCAUGGGCAAGAACACCAUGAUCCGCCGGGCCUUACAGGUGGGUCACGAGCGGCAUCCAGAGGCUGGGCUGGACAUGCUUCGAGCCACGGUCAACGGCAACAUGGGCUUCAUCUUCGCCACCAACUGCAGCCUAGACGACAUCCGAGAAACACUGAAGAGGCACACGCGGCAGAGUGCCGCCAAGGCGGGGCAGGUCUCCAUCGUCGAUUGGUUCAUCCCCUCAGGGCCCACGGGCAUGGACCCUUCCCAGACAGCUUUCUUCCAGGCCUUGAACAUUGGGACAAAGAUCGUGAAGGGACAGAUUGAGCUGGUUUCGGACUUUAAGAUCCUGAGCUGUGGCGAGAAGGUCUCUGCUAGCGGAGCCGUCUUGCUCACUAAGCUGGGGAUCAAGCCUUUCGAGUACAAGGUCGAGGUUCAACAGGUCUUUCAAGACGCUUCUGUCUUUGAUGCUGCUGUGCUGGACAUGUCGGAACAAAUGCUGAUCUCCAAAUUUUUGUCCGGCAUCGCCAACAUGGCGGCCUUCAGCCGGGAGGUGGGCAUCCCCACCGAAGCUGGCUUGCCGCACGCCUUCGGCAACGCCUUCAAGAAUGUGGCCUCCAUGGUUGCCGACAUCGACUUCACCUUCGCGGAGGUCAAGGAAGUGAAGAAGUUCCUGGAAGACCCGGAUGCCUAUGCCGCCGCAAACCCGACGACAUCUGCACCUGUGACCAGCAGCGAUGCGCCCAAGAAGGAGGAGAAGAAGGUGGUAGUAGAGGAGGAAGAGGAAGAGGAGAUGGAUUUCGACCUUUUCGGAUGA